AUGUUUGCAGAUGAUCCAGAGUAUAAAAUAUGGAUUUCACUGGAAGUAAAAGAAGAACCUACAGGAUUUUCUGAAGGCUCAGAAUCCGAUGAAUUAUCUGACGAUGAAUCUGAAAAGUACAGUUCAGAGAUAUCGGACGACGAUAAUGAGGCACUUUUGACUGCAGAAUGGAACAACAGUUGUGAGGACGAAAAUAAAAACGUAUGUAGUUUCCAAGAACAGACUGGUAUAAGGGAGCAUCUAAUCAGAAAGGAUCCAACUGACUUUUUCGAAAUGCUUUUUACUGAGGAAUUGUUACUCCAAAUAGUUUGGAAUGUUAAUCAAUAUGGCACCAAGUUGCGACAGUCACGUGGUAACAAAAGUAGAGCCGCGAGAUGGAGCAACAUAACCUUAAACGACAUAAAAGUCUUCCUAGGACUCCUAUUCCACAUGGGCACAUACAUAUCAAACGAUAUGAGUAAUUAUUGGAAAUCUGACGAAAUACAUGGAAUCCCUAUUUUUAAAAACAGCAUGGGUAGGGACAAGUUCCUUUUAAUAAUGCAAUAUUUGAAUUUCGAGAAUAUAGAUAACGCGCAAGGUCAUCAAAUGCCACAAGGAUCAUUUAUUGUUGAUUAUUUCAAUAAAAUUAUGGAGAAAACAUUUAAACCUGACAAAAUUCUGUGCAUUGAUGAAUCCUUGGUCUUUCUCAAAGAUCAAUAUCUAAGAGGAAAAGAAAGCAAGGACGGAGUUAAAUUACAUUUACUGGCGGACCAAUAUGGACUAGUCCAAAAAGUGUUAGUACUUCAAGAGGACAAAAAUAAAAAAACAAAAACUAAAGUCCGCGUUAAUGAAAUCAUUCAUAUGUUAUUAGAGGAACGAUUAGGCGUUGGCCAUUCCGUUUAUAUGAAUAAAUAUUAUAAUUCGAUUGGCCUGUCGAAACAUUUGAUGAGUCGAAAUACACAUACCACUGGCAUUUUAAUGCCUGACGGAAAAGGGAUUCCUUCGGAUAUAACUCAAAAACAAUUGAAAAAAGGAGAAAAGAUUACAAAAUAUAGCCCCGAUGGAAUAUCUUUAACUAAAUGGAUGGACCGAGCCGAAAUUCUGGUAAUAUCUACAGAGCACUCUGGAGAAUGGGAAGAACGCACAACAAAGAGUCAAAAUGUAUGCAGAAUACCAACAUCAAUAUCAAAAUACAACCAUUAUAGGGGAGCCGUAGAGCGACACAAACAAAUGAUGUCAUAUUAUAACUGUCAGCAUAAAACAACGAAUUGGUAUAAGAAACUGGGAAUCCACAUUUUGCAAAUGCUAUUGGUUAAUUCACAUAAUCUGUAUAACAGGUAUGGGGAAAAGUCAAUUCCCUUAGCAGAAUAUAGGACAGUUAUAAUAAGACAUCUUUUAAGAAAAGAUGAGGUAUCUGAUACAUCGGAAAGAAAUUUUACAGAAAUGCAUACAUUGAUAAAGAUCGUUACAACUCCACUUCAGAAAAGAGGUAGGAAACGUUGCGUGAUUUGUUAUAAAAAUAAUAAAAGAACAACUGUACAAACAACCUGCAGCAAAUGUCCCAAACAACCGGGGCUUUGCAUGGGAAAGUGUUUCGAGGAAUAUCAUCUUAAUCUAAAAGAGUAAGAAACAGAGACAGAAUAG